UGCUCAGUAGGCUUCGGGAGGCAGACCAGAAAUGAAGGGUCAAGCGAUGUGGUGCUUGGGGUGAAUUGGAGGCUGGCAUGUUGGCACUCACUCACAGAUCCCGCCUAAUUGAAAUUAACCGUGCGUCCACUCACAAGCAAAGCCUUUCUUUACUUUAGCCUCAGAAGGGAACAAGUGUUACUGUUAUGACUCUGUCAGGCUUGAUCCAGACCUUUAGGUCACUGCUGCUGUCUUCCAGCCCCCAUCUCACAAGGAUACCUGUGUCCUCUAUGCCCAUUUCUCUUGCAAGUCAACUCCAAAUCCGCCAUGAAAUUGGGACUUCUGCCGUGGUGUCUGCUAGAGAUAUGCUGUGGAAAUGCAGGACCAAGUACACCAUAAAGCCCAUUCCUUUAAGAAAAACAGGAGGCCGAGAUCACACAGGACGUAUCAGUGUACAUGGAAUUGGGGGAGGAAGGAAGCAGUGUUACCGUAUGAUUGAUUUCCGAAGAUUGAAUUAUGAAGAAGGAACAGAGCCUGGUCCAUUUGAUGAGAAAGUCGUUCAGGUCCGGUAUGAUCCAUGCCGGUCAGCCGAUAUAGCUCUCGUAGCUGGAGGGAAGCGGAAACGCUGGAUCAUUGCAACAGAAAACAUGGAAGUUGGUGACAUCAUCAAAACAUCAGGACACAUAGGCAGGAUGGCAGUCUCAGCUAAAGAAGGAGAUGCAUAUCCUGUUGGAGCUCUACCAGUAGGGACUCUAAUAAACAACUUGGAAAGUCAUCCUGGGAAAGGAGCACAGUAUAUUCGAGCAGCAGGCACCUGUGGUGUAUUGUUAAGGAAAGUGAGUGGAACAGCCAUCAUACAGUUGCCUUCCAAGAGACAAAUGCAGGUGUUGGAGACUUGCAUGGCUACAGUAGGCCGAGUUUCCAAUAUUGACCACAACAAACAAAUCCUUGGGAAAGCGGGUCGAAACCGGUGGUUAGGAAAGCGACCAAGCAGUGGCCUGUGGCACCGGAAAGGAGGGUGGGCAGGACGCAAGAUCAGACCCCUGCCACCCAUGAAGAGCUAUGUGAACCUUCCCACGCCAAAUGCACGUUGAAGUCUAGACUCCUCCAGUCAGUGGGGAUUUGUUCAAUAAAGACUACCUGUUUUUGAUCUGCUUAGA